AGGCUCGAUUCUAUUCAGAAAUACUCUGUGAUGUCUGAGAAAGAACGUCGCCGUCGCCAACGGCCACAGCUCUCCUGCGUGCUAUGUCGCAAACGCAAAGUCAAAUGCAACCGCGAGCUGCCCUGCGACCAAUGCUACAAGCUCUCCAGAGGUCGCGGCUGCGUGUAUCCUGACUUCGCUGGUUCUUCCGUAUCCAAGGACCAGGAUAAAGAGCCGGCUGUGGAAUCGCCGAGCCCCAGCUUGGAGGCGGAGAGCGACUGCCGUCAGACCGCGCAUGUCAAUAGUAGUAAUGACGGUCAAGAACCACAGCACACAAUAGCCACCUGCGAAAAGUAUGCGGCCUUUGGGUUGAACCAUUUCCGAGGAACAAGUCACUGGCAGACAAUUCUACCAACGGUACGAUCGACCUGAAGAGGAAGAAAAGCACGCUGACAGAAAAGCUCGAACCCGUCAUGUCGUAUAUCGACAAGGCGACGGUGGCAUCGCCUAAUGGCUACCACACGGGGGUACCCUUCCUGUCGCGACAGACAGAACUCCACCAGCAACGACUGCUACAGAUGAACAGCGAGCUGCUGAGUCUCAGCUCGUCGCGGGACCAUUUCCGGAACCCACGCGACGACCUCCCCCCGAAAGCGAUAUGCGACCAGUCGAUGGCACGCUACUUUGAGACGUUUGGGACAGUCUUCCGCAUCGUAGAGUGGGCAGAGCUGCGCGAGCAGUACGAGAGCUUCUGGACCCUCCCGGACGAACAAAUCCGCUGCGAAAACGCCGUCAUGCUCUGUCUGGUCCUGGCGAUCGGCAACGGCAUGCUGCCCCCCGGACAGGGCCGGCUACCGCGAUCAGACGUCCUCCGCUUGCUGGGCGUCGCCAAGGCGUGGAAGGCAGCCAUCGCCGAGGUCGAGUCGUACAGUCUGUGGCUACUGCGAGUGGAUUUCCUCCUCCUGCUUGCGCGGCUGGUCCACUGCACAGGUCCGCCCAGCGACGCCGUCGCCUCGGCCAACCUCGUGCGCAGCGCGAUGGCAAUAAGCCUACACAAGGAACCCGCGGAAGCCGUGGCAGCGAGUCUCUCCGCACACGACCGCGAACGCCGUCGGCGCAUCUGGUACGCUGUGCUAGAGCUGGACGUGCGGUAUGCGCUCGACGCAGGCAUGCAACCCAUCUACCUGGGCGAGUGGGAGAGUCUGCCCCCGCAACCAGACGAGACGGUUCCGAUGGUGAUAGAAACGGGAGAGGAGGAGAUACAAAAUCCCUGGCUGCUGGAGAAUCUGCGCGUGCAGCAGACGGCGCUCGACCGCUCCCUCCCGCUGCGGAUGAAGAUCGCUCACUGGCUCAACAAGCCCCGGUUCGACGCCGACCAUGCCCUCGCUCAAGACUUGACAAGUCAACUGUCGAAUAUGAUGGCCAGUCCAUCCUCCACCGCUUCUUCUUUCUCUUCUUCCUCUUCUUCUUCUUUCCUUGAAGCAUACGUCAGACUCGUGUACCAACGGACCCUCCUCGCCGUACACUGUCCGUUUGCCCUCACCGAUUCUCACCUUAAAAGCUAUUCACAGAACAUCUGUCUCUCGACUGCCCUAAGCAUCGUCUCUCACUUCUGCUGUGUGGAUGAGAAUUCUCCACAAACAGCAGACCACCCAUUCCCGUACGGGGCCUGCCCCCUCGUCAUCCUCGUACAGACCAAUUCUUCUUUCUUCCAGAACGACAUCCUCCCAGCAGCUCUGUACCUCUGUUCGCAGCUCAUCGGUUCGCUCUCUGCGUCUGUAGCUCUCGAUCCCGCCAAUCUCGUCGCCCAUAUCCCUGCCCUACAGACGAACCUCGUCACGGCCAUCGACGGAUUCGUUGCCCUGGCGGAACGUCGGGUCGCGGCCACGGAUCACUCGGAGGUCGCGUACGUCCUGCCGGCAGCCUCGAUGGCUUAUUAUCGGUGGGAAAGGGGGGUACAGCAUGAUUGCAGCGGUGCUCAGACGGAGACAGUGCAGCAGAUUGUCGAUCGGAUUGCACAGGCGUGUGUUGUCUUGAUGGAGGGGAGGGGGAGUUUGUAGUUUCCUGCUUUGCCUUUUGCUCUGGCAUCUGAUGACAGGGGAAGCCCUAUUAUCUUGCCCUAAUUCCCAAUUGGGAUGCCACGUGCAUAUAGAAAUACACUCAGCACUGAUACUGACA